AUGCGUGAAGAGUUUCUGCACCAAUUUGACGUACUUCGUCAGCAGAAUAACGUUCUACAAACGACGCUGGCUCAAUUAGCACCGCCGCCACCAGUGGGUGACACAGCAGCACCCCCUAGUCAAAAUAUUCCUCCGAUUACUGGACUUCCGCCUGAUGGGGUUCCACCUAAUAGGGCACGACCCAAUGAGGAUGAGCAGGUCGAAUCCAGCCAUAAGCUUAAGGUGUGGUCCAAUGGAAUUCCAGAUGGUGCAGGUGUUCAGGAUGCCUUUGACGAGAAGAGACUCCUGAAGAUUCAAACACCUACCGAGAUGGCUAGAGAACACAAAAAUUCUUUGAUCAAAACUCCUUUCACUGACGAUGUGUAUCUGGUAGAGAGGCCCAAGAAAUUCACCAUGCCUUCUUUCACCCAGUUUGAUGGAAUAGGGGAUCAUUUUCGGCACCUAGAUCAUUAUGCUAAAAAGAUGGCUUUGGAUGAUCGUAAUGACCCUUGGAUGUGCAGAGUUUUUCCUACCAGUUUGACAGGAGUAGCACUAGAGUGGUUCAGGAAUAGACCGCAUAAAUCCAUCCCGGAUUACGUAACUCUAUGCACCAUGUUCCUGGCACAGUAUUGCGGAAAUAAAAAGCAAAAGAAAAGCAUUGCCAGCCUCUUCACCGUAAGGCAGAAAAGGGGGGAAACAUUGCAGGAUUUCUUAUCAAGAUUCAACAUGGAGGCAUCAGAAAUAGCGGAUUGUCAUCCCGCAACUGCUAUAGAGACAUUUAAGCUAGCAAUGAUUCAGGGGACGAAGUUCCACACUUCCCUAGUCAAGUAUUCUCCUCCUGACAUGCAGACUCUAAAUGCCAGAGCCCAGAUCUACAUUUGGCUUGAGGAAAAUAUAGCCCACCAAGCGCAGCACGCUACCCUCGUAACAGUGGAAAACAAGCCUCGAGAAAGAAUCCCAACUCCAAAGAUUCAAAAAAACCAACGUUCCUCAACGCCAGUCACCCAGGCACUUGAAAAAAGGCAAAGGGUAGAGGAAGGAUUUAUACCUUUCCGAACUAUCUUGGCUCGGCUCUUCCAAGAAAAUAAGACGAAGUUCACAACUCCACAGCCAAUAAAGCAACCCCCUGAGCAAAGGGACAAAAGCAAGCAUUGCGCUCAUCAUCGAGAUUAUGGGCAUUCAACCAACGAUUGCUGA